GCUUCUCUGGACUGGCAGUUGCUGGAUACGCUGUUAAUGUAAUUGAUCUUGCACCGAAUUUCGCUGGUCUGGUAAUGGGCUUCGCUAAUAGUGUCAGCACAUUAACUGGCAAGUUUUUAAUUUUGUACACAAUCAAUAAAUUGAUCAAUCAGCAAAGACCUCGGGGUGUUGUAUUUCUUGUCUUAGUUAAUUAA